AAUUGAAUCCCCUUCAAAGCCAACCUGCAAAGUCAAACACCGCCCAAGUUAUAUAGCACCAAAGCUCGCUUGUCCAAUGCAACCAUCAGAAUUCCAGAGCAGAGAGAGAGAUGGAGUCUGAAGCAACUCAACAUUUCAGCCACCCCCAUCCCUUGAAUCCCUAUGAUGAAGCACAAGAAAGCGAUGGGAUCCGGUGCUCGGGCUGUGAGCUAGUCACCUUGGGUUCUUUGUUUGGGUGCGAAUCCUGCAACUACUAUCUUCAUGAAAAAUGUCUGAAUGUGGGGCGUUGGAUGGAGCACCCAGCACACCCCAACCACCCACUCACCCUUCUCCCAGUGCCAACAUACCCAUCUGGCUCGUUCCUGUGUAAUGCCUGCAGAGAGGAUGGUAGCUCCUUCAGCUUAAGCUGCGCCCAUUGUGAGUUCGAUCUCCACGUCCAGUGCGCCUCUUUGCCUCAGACUGUUGUCCAUGAAGCCCACCCACAUCCUCUAUCUCUCACUUUCAGUUACUCAAACCCCAAACUCUCUCACGCCGAGUCGAUUGCUUUCAGCUGUGACGUUUGUGGUGAAGACGUGGACCUCCAAGGCUGGUUGUACCUCUGUGUUGGUUGCGAUUUCGGAGACCACUUGAGCUGUGCAACCUCCGAGGCACGACCACCGCCACCACCACCACCGGCGAAUGAACCAACGAGCGCGGUGGAAGAGAUGCAUAGAUUGACGAAAGAGAUGCAGGAAUUUCAGCUUGCAGCUGCAAGGUGUCAACUUCAGAUGAAUCUAGCCAAUGCAUUAGCAUCGACCAUGAGAAGGUUUUAAAGUCUGGAUCACUUACCUUCAGCUGGUGUACUGGUUUCCCACGUAUGAUAUGGGAUUCAAUCUGUCUUUAGCCCUGAUCAAUCACCCGCUCAUUGCCUACGAGAAUAAAGAUCGAGCCCAUGAAUUGUUCUGUUCAUGGUGAUGGGCUUCUUAUUAAGUCAUUGGAUAUGCAGUUAGUCGUUUGGGUACCAUUACUGGUUGUAAUAAGCUCUUUGUUUUUCCCAUUUCCUCUUUGUUGGUUGCCUUUUGGAGACUCAUCUCAUAGCAAUGCAAAAAGAAUAAGAUUAACUCUUGAGCAGCAAAGGUUGUGUUUGGGAUUUGGGAUUAAUUAGCUGAACGCAAUGGCUGUUCAGCUGGCUGUGGAACCAUAACCAACGGUAGUGUAUAUUUAUGGCCCCACUGUAAAAGGUGGGAGAUUUAUUGUCAUGUUAGAUGUUAGAAUUACUUUAGCUAUAA